CCCUGUUAGAACUGACCUCUUAUGGAUUUUGCGAAAAUCAGCUGAAUCAGACAUGCGAUGGAAGCCACCAAAUCGAAGAGGAAACAUAAGCGGAAGUCUAAAGAUGCGGCCACAAAAUCUGCACAAGCGGGGGAAGAAUCUGAAGCCUCAAAAAAAGAAGCUACUCUCAGUACUGUCUCUGAAAGGGAAACGAGUGAAGUGACAAAGCUAACUGAAAAUGCUUGUGCAGCUGAGCCCGUGAUAGAAGACCUUCCCCGCAUUUCUAAAUCAGCUGAGAAAAAUGAGCUCAACAAAGAUGUCACUGCGAAGGAAGAUGUUUCACUGAAUGAAGAAGAACUGGGAAAUGUAGAACAAAAUAUAUCGGAAAAGGAAAAUGAACAGGUUUUACCCUCACAGAAGGACGAAAAUGAGACUGAGGUUGUCAAAGAACAGGAAAGUUUCAACAGCGAAACAACUUCAAAUAUGAACGCUUCAGGCAUUGCAGUUGAGCUUGAAUCAAAAUCUUCAGCUCAUGCAGAGUAUAUCAUGAAAGAUGACGUCCAGGGGGACAUUAAUAAACCUGAAAUUUUGUCUACAUUUGAAAGUCAAGCUGUCGAUAAAUGUAUGGCACAGGCGACAACUGGAGUUGAAAUGGAUGCAAAUGAUCAAAUUCCUAAUCAAUUACAGAAAGUCAUUGAGACUGAAACAAACGCAACUCUAACAAGCGGAACUUUAGAACUGGACCACAAAAUUAAGAAUAAAGAUGAAGAUCAGAGUGACAAAAACAAAUCUGAAAUUGUGUCAACCCUAGAAAAUCGAGGCAUUAGUGAGAGUACCACACAGGCUUUGACAGAGGAUAAAAUAGAGAGGAGGCAUCAAAUUCCUGAUCAAGUUGUGAAAACAAAAGAAAAUGAUACAAAUACAAUUUUUAAAAGUGGAAGAUUAGAUCAGGAUAACAAAGUUGACAGUUCUAGAAAUUUAUUACCACAAGUUGCUGACAAGGAGUUACCACUACUUAGCCAUGGCGAUGUCAGAACACCACAAUUAUAUCCAGGACUAGACUCCAAAGCCAAAAAGUCAGUAACAAGCAUAAGGCAGUACAGAAUGACCCUAGAAGCAUUUAGUGAAGACCACCUGAAAACUCUGUACUUCAACCCCCUGCUGGAACAGAUGGAAAGUUUUGUGGAGAAUUUUAUUAAGAUUAGCAAACAGGAUGAUCAUGAGUUCUAUGAACUUGUCAAUGCAUAUUUCAGAGGGAGAAAUGCUCUGGCAUUGGCCAUAAAGGAAUAUGAGAUUGUACUUGCUGAGUGUGAGAAGAAGAAAGAGCAACUGUGGAUUGACAAAAGUUUUUCAGUUACAGCUCAGGGAAAAUGUCUGGAUCAGAUAAAUGUCACACACAACCAUAAUUACCAGCAAGUGGAGUUAAAUGCUGGUGUGCCUGGUGAGAUUGAGAAUAUGCUUGGAAAACUUCAUAAAGCUUUACAUGAGACACUUGCUUUGCAAAGAUACACAUGUCAGCUUGCUCGGCUUCAUAUCGACAUGUACAUUUUCGACAUGUUGUCUCAAUCACCCAUUUUAAGGAAUGUUUCAUCUGAAACACUAGUGACUGAAUUGUGCCCUGUUGAACUGAGCCCAGAUCUUCAGGCAGAGAUCCACAAGUUGAGGGACUGUAUCAGUGUAUUGUUCAUGUUUGUUCGACAACCAAUUCAAGAUGAGGAGUUUGUCAACAUUUUGAAUGGCUGGAUGGAACAGCUGGUUGCUGUUCUUCUGCGUGUAGCUUCCCUGGCAGAUCUAGUGUUCUUGCUAAAUCACUUGCUGAGGUGUGCUCCAGGAUUCACCAGUAAAAUUGCCCAAUUCAUUCAGUUUCCUGUACCACAGUUCAGAAGCCAUGGUUAUAAUGUAGUAGAUGAACCCUAUUACUGGGACAAUCCGCUAGUUCAUCAUUUUGUGGCCAUGUUAUCUUCUCUGCUUCUCCCUGUCAGGGAAAGAGAAGUAUUUUUGCAGAAACUUGCUCUCAGAAAAGAAGGUUCCAUGAGAUCAAUCAGUUGGACUAUUGUGGAUGAUGAUGGAGAAUCCUUGGAGGAUGAAGAUCCAGAGACAAGUUGGGUUUUGAUUCAAGAGAAUGAUCUCAUAGCAUUGUUCUCUCAGUUUCCAUUUGAUGCCAUUUUCAAGCACCUACUUAAAAUGGACCCAAACAUUCCAAAUGAUUGUCUAAUCGAGUCACACUAUCAUGUGGAGCACACUUCAAGCCGUGAUAUAAUGAGAAUGUUGGCUUUUGCAUCUUGUGUUGUAUGUGUGAUGGGAAGGGCAUUCCGAACUUAUGAGAAAGUGCGUUAUAGAGCAUUUGUCAAAAGAGUGGGGCGAACUAUCAGACAGGUUGUACAAUAUGUUUUGGACCACUGGUCAGAUUUUCGAAGUUGGAGAGUGAACAUAUGUGGAGACUCUGAGAAUUCCAUUCCAGAUUCUCUCAGUUCUGGUAAUCAGUACUCAUUACAAAGACUUCAAGUAGAGGUUGAUCAGUUCUUUCUCCGUGCUGCACAACAGAUCAUUUCUGCACACAGGCUGGGUGCUUGGCAGUUUUUGGCUGAUAUGCCAUUUCGCAGUGUUUCUUCAGAAACUCUCUGGAAGUUGUUCUGGGCCCUCCAUGUAGAUGUUACCAAACUUGAUUCUGUAGAGAGCAUUAAGCAAGAAGAUUCAAUGAGGGAAGAUUGGAGAGAUGUUCUGGAGAGUAGACAGGGGGAAUUUACAGACCAACUGGCCACAAUGUCGCAGUCAGAAGCCAUCUUUCUGCUCACUACGUUUACGAACAUCGCGACAUCCAGAGAUGGCAAGGAAAGAGAGUUAAUAGAAGCCAUUACCACAGAGGUUUACAAGGUUUCCUUCAUAGCUAGUCAAACCAGGGAGUCAUCUUCUAAGACUGGAAGACAUCUCUUAGGAACCAUUUCCAGUGUCCAUCCCUUCGUGAUAUCGGUUUUGCUUGAAAAUGUCAGUGCAACACUGGAUACUAUUGGGAAGGCUUGUGUCUACUUGUUCAGUGGUUUAUCAGUUCAUCUGUGGCAUCCAACAUACAGGAACAUGGACUGCAUCAAAUCCUGGUUAUUAAAGGCUGAUUUGUCCUCUCCAGAAAAUCAGCUUGCACGUUACAUUAUUUCAAACUUAAACUGGGGACAUAUGGGAGAGUUAGGAGAGGGUGAUAAACUGUUUUUGCACCAGUGUUGGCACAGAGCUGUGGCAGUGUCACUUGUUGAGGUGUCAGCGCUUCGUUUACCCAAAAUGCCAGGAGGAAUAUCACAUGAAGCAUUUAAAGAAGAUACUGGACUCCUUAAACAGGUGACACUAAUAGCUACAACGUCAUACAAUCGACUGAUGCAGCCAGGCUAUGAGCAGCAGCUGUAUGAGUGGCUGUGGGAGGUCAUGCUCUCUCUCAGGCUUCACCCAACUGAUCUACCAACACCAGUCAUGCAGUUCACUCAGCAACUACCUACUACAGAUGAGUUAGAAGCAGGUGGAGAAGGAGGCCUUGGUUUUGCAAGCCUUGUGAAGUCGUUGUCAAAGGAAACAGUUGAGCUUCAUAACGAGAGUUCCCUUUCAAGUAUGACCCAUGCUAUUAAGGCCGGUGGACAACUUGCUAGUUAUGCUGCGAUAGCAAUGACUACUAUUGGUACCAGUCGUGAUCUCUUUUUGGGCGAGGGUCUGGAUUACUUAACAGUCAUUUUAAAUGAGAAGUGUUUUGAUGCGGCACUGAGGAUUGUAGCUAAUGUGACACCCAUGUUUUUUGGUUGCCAUGAGAAACUUACUCAGGAGGCAAGGUUUGUGACAGGAAUCCAUCGCUUAAGCCAACUUGACAGUGAUAAUGCAGGUUAUGCUGAAAAGCUGCUUCAAGCGUCCACUGUGGGCCCGUACUGUAAGAGGCUGGUGGGAAUUAUUCAGGGCCAUGUUCAGAAGUUCCAAGCUCCUGGUAUGGUUGGCUCAAUGAGCGUGGUGGAAUUCUGGUUACUUACGUUGUGCGCGUUGCCAUAUUGGUACAGAGAUGUUAGUGUACAGUUUCUGCUUGAUAAUCUGAUCAAAAUAGCUUUGAGAAUUGAAGGCAGCCUGUUCGGGAUACAAACCCACCUUAUGGACGCCUACAAGUUACUGCUCAGAGAAACCGGAAAUCAAGGAGUGAUUGCGUCAAUUUUCUCAUGGGUGACUUCAAGUAGCACUGCACCUCCCGUGCUUUGGGAAAUUAAGGCCUCUCCAGAUUACAGUUAUUAUGCUUAUUGUGUACUGUGCAUGGAAACUCAGAUGGAGGAAAAUUGUGGACUGUCUGUUGAAAUAAACAAGAGGCUACUGAACAAACCAGAUGCGACAGUUGAUGCAGUGUUGAAGAAAGUAGUGAAAAAGAUGAAACUGUCGUGGACACCUCUGGUGCCCAGUCUUUCUAUCUAUCGCUGGGCCAAUCAAGCUUUGGUCACAGAGGUUGAUCAUCCCAUUCUGCCUAUGAUGUGGCAACGCUUUUUUAGUCUUUAUCUCCAGAGACCGGUCACGGAGCCUGGCCUUGCUCAGCGAUCAGGUGUUGGGUAUCGUUUCUUCGAUAGCCAGAGUUAUAGCUCCAUGUUGAAGAAAAUGAAGCAGAGACUGCAAGCCACAGCUGAGCAUCACCGGAAUCGAUCCGUGGAGACAGGGGCAGACCAUGAUGCAGUCACUGAUGGUGACAGAGAAAUAAGCAAGCAGUUUGAACAAACCAGAGCAUUGCAUGAAAAACUUACAGGGUUUUAUCAAACACUGGCGUUGUGGUUGGAUGAACCGAGACUUCACGACCCCACUCUGUACCUACCGUCAUUGCCGCUUCCUUAUGAUGCAGUCAGGCUUGAGACUUUACUCAAACCAGAACAGGUACCUUGGUUUGAUUUGAUAUUCAUGAAAAAGAUUGAUAUGGAAAUCACCGAGUCUGUACGUUGUUGGGUAAAAUACGCCCUGGGACCUCAAAAGAACCCCCCUGAGAGUAAAGCCACUGGUCAGUGGAACGACAGGAAUCCUGAAACAGCCGCCUCGAGGAUUGUUAGAAGAAUGAAGACACACCCCGCACCACUCCCCCCUCCCCCUGUGAAAAGUUUAGAACCCAUUUUACCUUCUAUGACAGAUGCGACUCUGAUGAACAAACAGAAGUUAUUAGGCAUUGUUUAUAAUCAGCUACAGGGAAUAGCCACACAUGCAAGAAAGUUUUGUGGAAUUGUUGGCCAGCAUGUUUCCCUGGAUAUCGAGUAUAUUGAGUUAAUACCUAAAAUGUACUCAAACGAGAUGUCGCAGGUUGUAGUACAAGUUCCAUGUCGCAAACAUCAGUGUCGAGGGCCUGCCACUCUUACCAUGAAGUUCCCCGCUAAACGAGCUAAUGAAGCCAUAAUCAGAAAGGUUGCUGACAACCGUCGUGAGCAGGAACAAGUUGUACAGAAUUUCAUCCAACCAUGCCCGACUCGUUUGUGUGAAGGUGCUGCUUACAUUGAGAGCAUUAUCACGUCAUUGGUAAACAAAGUGAAAUCCUCUUCAGAGAGGAACGUACAAGAGAUAAUCAGCGACAUCGGUACUGCCUUAUUCUACCAUGUUACCGGAGCAAUGGAUGAGAAUGUUAUGACUUACCAACCAACUGUACAGUUCUUUACGUCUUGUGUUGAGAUACUAGGAAAGGAAUUUAUCAUGAACAAUCCCAGUCAGACAGAACAACUGCUGUCUGCCAUCUUGGAGCAUACUUCCAUCUCGGUGCUGUUAGUUCCAUUUUUCAGCCCAAAUGACAACCCUGAUUCCUUUACUACCAUGUACCGCAGAAUCCUAGAAACGGCGGAUGGAGAUCUAGUUUUCUCAUUGCUUACUAAGUUUGAGUUGCGUAAGUGGCUGUCCUCACCAAACAGCAAUCUCAUGGAAAGGUCAACCCUGACGCAUGCGGUGUUUGAAGCACUGAACAGUGUCGGAUAUGAACCUCCCAGUAACAAGAGAGCUAUUUUGGAGGUAUAUCUGCGUCAUCUGUCUAUCGUUCUGAUGUACAAUUUUCCGGAACAAUACAGUGAUGGUCUCAGGCUUCUCUGUGAAGGUUCUAGUAAGCGGACUCUCUGUCUUGAUGUGUGGGACACGUUUCUGUCCUGUAUUGGGUGUGUUCCAACCAAUGAAAAUGAGCCUCCCACCGCGUCAAAGGAAGUACUGGGAGAUGAACAGUUCUAACAGAACUUUGGACGCUGAUCUGCAGAGUGUUUGAGCCAUGGAUUUGCUCGCAAGAGUCUCCUAUUCCUGGGAAUGUUCCAGUAGCUCCUUGGAACGAGAGUGAAGUUCCUCAAGCAGCAGAUAUGGUCAACUUGUUCACCGAUACACUGAACUGCUUACAGACACAUUUAAAUGCCCCUUACAGCGAAACAUCAAUGAUGAACAUGUUUUGGAGUUUCUUCGUAUCGUCUUUAGCCAAACAAGGAAUACCCGAAUAUGUGCUCAGAGUGUAUCGCUCCAAGUUCUUUCAACUCCCAUGGCAGAGCUUUGUACCAACAUUACACAACAUGCAACUUAUGCAGGAGCUUUAUGGUGUAUGCAAGAACAGUUUUAGGUUCCUUGGUGUCGUAUUUCCUCUGAUGGACUGGAAAAACAUAAUUUCUAUUUACUCCGAGGGUCAAACCGCAGAGGCUGUGGCUCGUCUCUAUUCCUUUUUGUUUCAUCUCCUGGUCAUGUUUUCGAAUGAGAAUAGUAUCAUGGCUGUUCAGGGCUCUAAGAUGCCAGAGUUACUUAACGCUGCUUGCACAUUUGCUUGGCAUUACCUUGAUGGCAAAACUUUCGAGCAAGUUGUUUCUUGGCAAGUUGAUAACGGUUCAGCUGAGUUGGUACUUGACGAGAAAUCCUGCAUCUGGUAUGCGUUGAGGUUGAUCAGAGCUGCUGCAGGAAUCGUAGUCUCUGAAGAUGGCUCUAUGCAACCGACACGCCCCGAUACAGCAGCGAAACGUGCGUCGUAUGUUCGAUGUAUAGCAAGGCUGUUGUCCACAUGCUCGAUGGACACAAAACACAAAGUCAAAUCUUACGGACCAGUGAUUUUAUUUGUUCUUAAAGAUAUCGAGUCUGUUGCUGGUUCAGGUGUUGAUCCAGCAAGUACUGCAUCAGAAGUGUGCAUGAUGAUGUCAGAGGCACUUCACCUUUUGAACAACUGUUCUCCCGUGGGGGAUGUACUCCGUGUUACUUUAGACUCUAUAUUGCAGUUCAUCCGCGAUACGUCUUGUACCAUGGUUGUCUUGGUGUCCAUAUCAGCUGCUUGUAGGACCCUCGCUAACAUCCAGUACAUGGUCUCCGUCAUGGAGACUGGAAUCCAGUCAUUUUUUGCCAAGCAUUCGCCGCCAAACCCCAUUGGUGUUCAAAUGGACGCGGAUGGAGGCUGGGCACAAGUUGUACCUAGUGUAGCAGUGCCAGAACUCGCCCAAGAUGAAUUUGUUCAAGAAUGCGUAAGGCAAGGUGCUCUGCUGACGCUCUACACAAACAUACUCCUUAAGCUAUCCUCAUGCCAGAGUCCAGUCCAAGAGAUGUCUAUUCUUACUGAUAUAGUCACGUGGUGCUCACAUGUUAAAGUCAGGCGCGAAUUUGAAACCAAGGUUACGUUACUGUGGCACAAGAUUCUCGAGCUGUCUGUAAGACAGGUUUAUUAUGCAAGUGGACCUUUACAAGAUUUGACCAAACAGCUAUCAUUCCUUGCUUCCUACCUGCAUUCGUUAGGAGAAGAUAAGUCCUCGGCUGGUCUGUUAGGAGCCAUUGGAUUUGGAAAGAAGUCGCAGCUUAGUGUUCAAUUUCGGUUCAUGUGCCGCGCCUUGGAAGCGUUCCUGCUGGCACAGAUGCCUUCAAACUCUCUUUUAAGACUAGAGGCCAAAGCCCCAGGAUAUGUACGAGAACCAAAAAGGACAAAGCAGUUAGCCCCAGGCGGACGUGUCAUUUCUUCCACUGCCGAAGCCGAGCAAGCUCUGAAUAACUUGGAAACACUACGAGUUAACAAACAGUACGCGAGCCUAGCAGAACACAUCAUGGAAGCUUAUUCGUUUAUUGCUAAUCCUCUGAAUUCUCUCAUGGAAGGACCACAGUUCGUAGUCAUGCUUGUGCGUAGACUUUUUCCGAACGAUAGAGCAUUGGCUAUCAUCGCGGAUCAAACAAAUAUUUGAAUCAUUAUUGAUAUUAAGAGAAAAGACAAUAUAGAUUUCAAUAUAUGAAAGAUGUCUAAGAAGUUUUUUCUGCUCAAGAUUAAUGGGCAGGAAAAAUUCACCACAAUUCGCAAAUUUCUGUUAAUAAUCCUACGAUGUUUUGUAGUUGAAAUUUCCUUAUUGUAAUGAAUCAGGGGAAGCCAUGCGGGCAGUAGGUAGUAAUUUGUAUUUAAAAGUCGCAGAUAGAGCGAGUAGAGUCAGAACGUUUAAAACCUAAGUGUUCCACCCUAUGACAUCAGAAUAAUUUUCUCCCAAGAGACUAAAAACAAAUACAUUACAUGCCGUCGUUUUGUUGCUUAGCAACGCGGAAAACGGACGUAAUUUUUUUUCGAGAGCUUGAAUGGCCGAAAGACUUCGCACAUUUUUUGGCUGUUUAUGAGGACUUUCCGAAGAUGCUAUAGGAUGUUUGGCUACUUUUCUUUCCGAAUUGCCAAAAGAGAAAUAAUAAUUUAGCUGCUUUCCCCAUUUCCCUAAUCUCGAUGCACCUUGGUAAUUAAAAAAGUUUUGUCGGACAAACGCAGAAAUCUUGGCUUUAAAUGUACAUCAGAGGAAAGUGACAGUUUCCACUGUGAUUUCAUAGACCUGGGCCGGGUUGUUCGAAAGGUGGUUAACGUUAAUCUAGGUUUAGAAGUCAACUUUGGCUUUGCUGUCUCAUGUAGAGGAACGCGUAUAACAAGCCAAGAUCUCAGUAUAAGUUGAAAUUAACAGUAAAAAUUACAAAAUAAAAUCCCUUUCCAAAGCUUUAAAAUUCAAUUAAAAAUUUACACUAACCCCGGGCUAGGCUAACCGUGUUUUGAACGACCCGGCCCCGCUACAAUUUGGAUUGGUAAUAAAAUUCCUUCUAUAUUCACAAGA